UAUGACGGCUGAACAUUCACAGUUUGGACAUUGGCCCAAACAGAGGGGUCAAACAGGAACUGGACAAAGUUAAGAAUCAUCCAUGAAUUUUCUGAUUGGACACUUGUCGUCAUGUUCUCAACUGUGCAGGAGCUGGAAAAGUGAAUUGACGAACGUCAUAAUGAACUGUGCUGUGGUUCUUCUGUUAACAUUGAGCUGCUUCACCUGGUCUGCAGCUGCAGACACUCCCAGCACAGCAGCUCCCAAGAAGCUGAAGUAUCUGAUUGACCCACCUGUGUACGCGGAGGUCGCUGGCCGCAGGGGGGAUAAUGUCACCUUGCUGUGUAUUCUUAGAACCAAACCCACCCAUUACAAAGUGAAAUGGACAAAGCUGGAGCCUGGACACAUGGGGACAGAGAACAUCAUCAUGAUUUCAAAUGCAGACGCCUUCAAGCCAUAUGGCCGUCUUGGACUGCGAGCCUCUCUUCGAAAGGCACACAUCAUGGACGCCUCCUUGCUGCUCCGCCGUCUUGAGCUGGAAGAUGGUGGCACAUAUCGCUGUGAGCUUGUCAAUGGCAUUGAGGAUGAGAGUGUUUUCCUGACAUUGAGAGUUGAAGGUGUGGUUUUCCCAUAUCAGAGCAAAAAUGGGCGCUACAGAUUCACGUUCCUUGAAGCCAAGGAGGCUUGUGCUGAGCAAGAUGGCACACUAGCCACGUACAAGCAGCUCUUUAGAGCCUGGACGGAUGGUCUGGAUUGGUGUAAUGCAGGUUGGCUCCUUGAUGGAACCGUUCAGUACCCCAUUAUCCAUCCUCGACCCAUUUGUGGAGCAGAGCUGUUCUCUGGGAUUCGCAGUUAUGGACCAAAGGAUAAGCAUCACGACCGGUUUGACGCUUUCUGCUUCACCUCUCAGACAUCUGGCUCUGUGUUCUACAAAUCAGGGUCCUUCUCCUUUGAGCAGGCAGGACGUGCUUGUAAACAUCAGGGGGCUGAGUUGGCGUUGGUCGGCCAUCUUUACGCCGCCUGGCACUUCCAAAACUAUGACCAGUGUGACGGCGGAUGGCUGAGAGAUGGCAGCGUGCGGUUUCCCAUUAGCAACCCCAGGAGACGCUGCGGAGGCAUUCCCGAGGCAGGGGUGCGCUCAUUUGGAUUCCCUAACAAGACGACACACCUUUACGGAGCCUAUUGCUAUAGGUAACCUCAAAGGAAACCCCAAAGGGUCUCACUGUGACUCAGAGCUGCAUGACCAAGAACAAAGAAUUGAAUUUAUUUUUACAGUAUUAUUUGCAGGAACAGCCUAAUGGCGUAUGAAUAACACGCCAGUUUUCUUGUGUCACUUUGCAUGUUAUCACUACACACAUUCACAACUCUCUCCUUAAUAAGCCUUACUCAAAAUUGGCAUUAAAUGAUGCACAAAAUGUUUAAAACGCAAAGACAUGACGCUCAAAAUGUCCUUAGAAGUGGUUUCCUAUUUGCAUGACACCCCGUGCGAUCACAUAAACAGGAAUGAUCCACCAAUGGGACAAAUUACAAAGAAACCACACAUCUGAAGCAACAGAUAAUUACUGACUAUUUGAUAUGGUUUUAUCUGAAUUUUUAUAUUUUACAAUUAUUACAAUUAUUUUUACAAUUAUUCUGGGAAUUUUGUCCAAAACAAAGAUUCAAUUUCAAGAUAAUUUCCAGAAAAUCUCUUUACGCUAUUAUGUUUUAGUUUUUUCCCAGAAUGCCUGUUGUGUGUCCAACAGCUACCUGCAAAACACUGGUGCAUUUUCACUGCAGCAAGUAAACAACUCUUUUCACUCCACCAGUGAUUCUGUCAAAAGUUUGAAUUCAGUCUGUAAGUGAAUGUCAUGAAGUGAUAGACUGGCCAUCUGGAAUUUGGGCAAAUGCCAGAAGGGCCGCCCUCUAUGUGGGCCGCUCAGAAUGGGUCAGUGUAUUGAUAAAAAAUAAUACUAAUAAAAACAAAUUUUGUAUUUGAUCAUUUUCAAAAAGUUAUAUAUGCAUGCAGCCACAAACACAAGUAAGUUGUGUGUAUAGAAGCACACGCCUUCAUGUAGUCACACAAAUUUGACUGUUUUGACUGUGCAAGCAUGUCUUCGCACUCAUCAAAGUACAUCCAGACCAGCGGGAUGGAUCUCCUGGACACCCAUCAGAUGACUAAAGAAAUGCAGUAAUAACUGAAAAAAAUUUUGACAUUGUGAAAGAGGCCACAGACCAUUUUGUGAACUGGGCAAACUCAAAAUUUCUAAGUGAGGAAUCUGAAAUGGAAGUGCAGGCUGCAUUGCCAGCAAAACACAGCAAGACAAUGCCAGGGGAGUCUGGUGAUGCAGCUGACACAGCUACAGACUCAUUGUCGGUCUAUAGAAUCAAUAUCCACGUCAUUCUUGAUACAGGAUCAGAAUGUAAUCAUCGCCAGUUUCUGCAACACGGGGAACAGCACUGGAUCCUCAUAAUUUCCCACUGAAAAAACCCAAAUGCACUUCAGACCAUACAUUAAUUCCUCCAGCUUUACAUUUGAUGAAGAUGCAUCAUGCAACAGUUGAGAAUUUACAGACUGAGUUGUCAAAUCUUGCCAUACACAAUGAGAGUUUAAAAAAGUCUUCACUCAGAGCAGUCAGACUGUCACACCCAGUUACCUGUAGUGGUAGCCUACUGUGCUUUAAAGGAGCAGUAAGCGAUUUUAAUCCAACACAAUUUUGUAAACAUUGGCGAAUAUUUCCUCACAGUCCACUAGCUGUCGGUUCUGUGUGUGCAAAAAAAAAAUCCUGAUUUUCGAGUCACCCAGCACCGGCUGUAGCGAUAGUGCAUGUCGUUUGAGUGGGUUGCAAAUUUCUGCAUUCUGGUCACUCUGUAUGGUUCUAUGCUUUUUAUGUCAACAUUUAAGUGGGGUUGGUGUUGUUGGGUUUGAAAAAAGGGCCAUUGUGUGUUGCCAAUGCAAGGGCCGUUUUUUGAUCCCAGUCUGUCACUUAUUACAUGUAAUUUAAUCAAUUCAAUAAAGACAAAGAUAUUAGCGUA